AUGUCCUUUGAGGAGGGCGGGACGCUAGCUCUUACGGUUUUUCCACAUUACCACUUGACGCUCUUGGUUGGAUUUUCCAAUGACCCGACGAUGAACACCAACAUGUGCUGUAACUCGCAUAGCCACACCCACGAGCAAAUCUGCGCCGUCAUUCCAGAAGAGCCAGGGCGAAAACACGAAAAUGCGAUGCCAAAUGUCGAGCGAUAUAGCCAUUGGGCCAAGGCGAUAAUGAACCAGAACGGGUACGACGAGUGGCAUGUCUUCGAAUUGCCAAAACUAGUAAUUGAGGAGAUAAUAGAAGCGAAUUACCACUGGCUAGUGGAGGACAAGGCGGACGAGACACGGAUAGCUUACAUUGCAGCACAUUUUCCGAAAACUAUGUCGGAUAUGCCGAUAGAUUUUGUUUUUCGGCCUGGAAAGAAAUGGUUCUGUCGUCUCGAUCUUACAAACCCAACAGAUGAGCUUGAACAAAAGUUACCAGUCACGUCGCUCGAAGAGCUUGUCUGGCGCCUUUGCACAUCAUCUUUGGCGCACGGGGCGCUCCUGAUUGACGUAGAACGACAGCCAAAGCUUUUCCUAAUCCCAUUUGACGACAUGAUCCGCCAGUCCCUUGAAUUUCGAGCGUUCUGUCCCCCAGGUUCUCCACAAGUGACUGCUGUUUCACAGAGACAUUGGCUCACUCCAUUCCCCAAUGGCACAAUUGAAAAUAUGAUAUGGUUGGCAAAGGUUGUCUUGCAGUGCGCAAAUCGCCUUCGAAAUGAGAUUGUUGAAUAUUCCAUGCAGAUACCCGAUAGAACCGUGUCGCAUGAUAUCCACACUCGUGGGUUCGUAUUCGACUUCCUUUUGACGCCUGGUAUGGAAGGGCGACUGGUCGACAUCAAUGGGUUCGGGGCGAUGGGAGGAACUGGUAGCUGCUUGUUUAAUUGGAUUCGAGAUGCGCACGUUCUUUAUGGAUUGAAAACUUAUGUUGAAAUUCGAGUUUCGACAGCGAUUAUGCCAGCUGAUUACAAAGUAAACCAAGAGGCCACCACUACCCAACCCAAGGACGCAGACAAGGACGCGGACAUGGACGCAGACAUGGACGCAGAUAAGGACGCAGACAAGAACACAGACGCUGUUGCGGAGUCUAAGGAAGCUGGGAAGAACCGAGUUCUAUGA